AUGUCACCUCCGGUGGAAGAGGAAGCCACAAUCUCUAUUCCUAGCCUCGCUUUUGUCGCCGUCUUGGGCUACUUCAUCUACCGAUACUUUUUCUCUGCGCCCAGAGACGGCGCGGAUGGCAGCCCGUCGUCGUCUUCGAGGAACAAUGGGCUUCGCUUUACGCCGGCGCAAGUUGAACAGAUAGCCCAGAUGUUCCCGCAAUUGAACCGGAGAGACAUCAUGUGGGAUUUGCACCGGAAUAGAGGAAGCGUGCAGGCUACAACAGAGAGAGUGCUGAAUGGCCACGGAUUAGAACCGGCACCGCCAUCCUUUCAGCCGCCCAUCUCGUUGACGACAUCGCCUGCGAACGCUACAAGCGCGUCUAUAAAUCCACAGCUCAAGUCGCUUCCGCCUGAUCUGAUCACGCGAUACAACCUCCAAGCAAAAAUAAACUCGAAGGGCAAAGAAAAGGAGGAGGAAGCACCCGCGCCGGGUUGGGCAAGUAGCAAAGAAGCACGCCAGAAAAUGCUGCAGCGAAGAAGAGAUGAAAUGAUCCUGGAGGCCAGAAGAAAGCUGCAGGAAAGAGAGGCAGGGCCUUCUGUUUUUCCUUCCUCAUGA